AUGAAAAUUGCUUAUUUAUUGUUGUGCUUGGUUGUUAUAAAAGGAAUGGAAUUUGAAUCCUUUUAAUAGGCUGUUGAUUUUGAUCCAGCAUCAAUAGAUUAACCUAAUUGUAAGACAGAUGAUGAAUACACAAAAACUUAUGAGGCGUAUUGAAAAACAAUAAUGAAAGAUUUUUCCCUUGGAUUACAAUAUUAGAGGAAGGUGAAAUAGAAAUGCAAGAAGAUCAUAGUGUGUUAUCAUAGGCGAAAUAGAAGAUCAUUGAGGCAAGACAAUUUAUUGAGAGUUUAGAUGAAGGUUAAUUAUGUAUGAAAUUAAUUCUUAGAACUUGAGAAAGAAUAAUAAAAUGAAUAAAAUAAAGAGAAUGUUCCUUAAAUUGAAGAUUAAUAGACAAUUUAAGAAGUUGUUUAAGAAUAGGAAAAUACAGAAGAUGAAUAAAUAGAUGAAGAAGAUGAUGAUGAUGAAGAUCCUUUUGGUUGGGGAUCAGGUGAAAUACCUUAAUUUUUAGUACAUAAAAAAGAGAGAAAAGCACAUAAAAAUACACAUGCUUUUAUUCAAAUAAUGAAUGGAAAUAAGUUAUCAAAAUUCAAGAGUGUAUAAGUAAUUAUUAAUAAAUAGAAAAUUAAUAAAUUGAUUUCAAUGGCAACUGAGAUGUAAAAUAAUUAAGAUGAAAAUGUAUAGAAUCGUAGAUAAAGAAAACUUGAAUUGUGUGAUGAAAUUAUAGAUGAAUUAACAGAUAUGAUCUUAUUUUUAGAAAAAGUGAUGAAUGAUUAUGUAAUUAUGAAUGAUAUUUAUAUAUUAGGGAUAUCAAAAUGAAAUUUAUGAAUUAUUUAAAUAAAAGUAAAAAUAGAUUGAAGAGGUUGCAAUUAAUUGUGGUUAAAGAGUUAUCAAUUAUUAGGAUGUGAGUUUGAUAGAAGAAAAGAAAUCCUAAGAGAAGAAAAAGAUCUAACAUUAAAUAAAAUCUAAGAAAAGAAAUGCAGUUAGUUUUUUGCAAAUUGUAAUAGAUGAUGAAGAAAGUUAACAACAUUAAUUAGAAUACUAAAAAUAAAUAUUAUAGAGUUAAGGAAUGUUAGGAUUUUUGAGAGCAUCAGGAAAAUAAGUAAAAUUGAUAUAAUGA